UAAUUAAUAUUCUUUUAACUUUCCAUGAAUAUCUUGUCCAUUAUAGCCAUUUCGAUGUCAUUACCGAAAUGGACCAAUCAGAGAUUUGUUUUUACUAUAUACAACGCAAACCACACCUGGAACGAGGCCAGAGAAAUUUGUCGCAACAACGAUCAAUGGUUACUGUCUAUGGAGGAUAGAAAUGCAUGGUCCAUGUGGAAACUUCUUUUAAUUCCAACCGAGUCCUUACCCCGAAGACUUUAUGAAUUGAGAUACUGGAUGGGUGUGCACAAUAGAGAUCCAAACAACAAAACUGACUUUUACCAUGACAACUGUUCACACGUGACCUAUUUGGAAUGGGAGGACUCUCCUAGAUCUUCAUACGUCGUGGGUUAUCCCUGCGUUUUAUUUGAUGUAUACUGGGUACCUUUUGGUUCUAAUAUACACAAGUACUGGCUGGGCGAGUCUUGUGACAAAGAACAUAACUUCGUUUGCAUGAAGUUAAUGGAUGAGCUACCUUGUGUCCACUCUUGCAAUGAGUCGGUAUAUCUUGCUCCGCAGACAGAUGCGGAUUGCCGGGCUUACUGUGGGCAACUGCUUGGGUGUAGACAUCGGUUCCUGACUUUGGACGAUUUUACCGUCUGCCAUAUAAUAAGGUCUUCAUUUAUCAACAACGACCCCUUCUACAAUAUCUGUUACCUUCCGGAAUUGUAUUCUGGUAUACAAUACUGUGACCCACAAGGUUCCUACAAUAUGUCCUACACGACUAAUAAAGAACCGAACGUCACCGACCUGUGUGCAGAACCAGAUACAACAACUGAAGUUGUACAAACAACAACAGAGGAGCUGACAACAAUAGCAACAACAGAAAGGACAACAGCAAAAACGUUAUGUGAAUGUCCGUGCUCCUUGACAGUAAACAUGACGGACUCCAAUUUGACAUUGGCGGAAAAAGUGGAGCAACUGAAGAAAGAGUUAACCGUUAAUAAAAGAAACACUUCUGCACAUAGACGAAGCAAAAUCAGCAUAGCGGAUCAUAGAGUUUCUGCAACUAGCAUAGGAUCUCUGGGAGUGGUCAUUCUUUCAGUAGUUUUGGGUUCUAUCUGUCUGUUGGAUCUAACAAGAGUGAGGUGUGACAAGAUAACAGGGAAGUGUAGUAAAAGAAAAAGUAAAAGGAUUGGUGACAGUAAGGAUGUAUCACCGAAUAUUAAACUCAUAAAACUAAGGACUUCGUCCACACCUAGCUGA